AUGUCCAAGACCACAUCUCUCGCCCUCAUCGCAGCUCUAAGCGCGGGAGGCGGCGCCGCCCUCACGGCGACCAUGUACUCGCUCCGUUCCCAGAAGCAGCCUCCCACGGCGGUACCCGCUACGGCCUCACUCUCCACCUCGCCCUCCGUUCCGGUGCCUAGCACACAGGUCUUCACCAACCCCAACGCGCCGCUUUCUCCUGCCUCCGCCGCCUCCGCCGCCGCUGCGCCGUCGCCACCCGGCUCCGUCUCCGGCAACCCCGUAGACCCAGCCGGCCUCUUCGAAUACGGCUUCCCCGGCCCCGUCGCCGACCUCGCGACCCGCCAGGCCCUCAUCUCGAGCUACGACCGCCGCACGCGCAACCCGCACUGGGUUGUCGAGCACAUCACCGCCGCUUCCCUCGCCCAACGCGGCGGCGAUCGCAAGCACAGCGCCUUCCUCGAGGACGAAGCCGUCCCCGAAAAGUUCCAGGCCAAGCUCAAGGACUACUUCCGUAGCGGCUACGACCGCGGCCACCAGGUCCCCGCCGCCGACUGCAAGUGGUCCCAAAAGGCCAUGGACGAGACGUUCUACCUCUCCAACAUGUGCCCCCAGGUCGGCGAUGGCUUCAACCGCGACUACUGGGCGCACUUCGAGGACUUCUGCCGCCGCCUGACCACCCGCUAUCCCUCCGUCCGCAUCGUCACCGGCCCGCUCUACCUGCCCAAGCGCGACCCCGUCGACGGCAAGUGGUACACAAAGUACGAAGUCAUCGGCAACCCGCCCAACGUCGCCGUGCCCACCCACUUCUACAAAGUCAUCUUCGCCGAGGACGGCAAAGCCGGCGGCAACGUCGCCAUCGGCGCCUUCGUCAUGCCUAACGCCCCGAUUCCCAACAACAAGCCUCUCUCCGAGUUCGAGAUGCCCCUCGAGGCCGUCGAGCGCGCCGCCGGCCUCGAGUUCGCCUCCAAGCUCGCGCCGCAGCGCCGCAAGAGGCUGUGUACCGAGACGUCGUGCGCCAUCGUCGUCAAGGACUACGCCGACAGGCAGAAGUCCUUCAGCAAGGGCGGAUCGCAGUCCCGUUCGUAG